AUGGAAAACUACAACAAAGUUGAUCCUAAGCGAGUGAGCAAAAAAGCCCAGCACGGCAAAAUCUUCGUUGGAGGUUUGACACCGGAAAUAUCGGAUGAGGACAUAAGAAAUUAUUUCAGCCAGUAUGGCACAAUCGUCGAGGUGCAGGCACCAUUCGACAAGACGAAAAAUCAACGCAGAAGUUAUUGCUUCGUGACGUUCGACUCGAAAGAUGUUGUAUACAAAUUACUCAAAACGCCCAAGCAAAUGAUCAAGGGCAAGGAAAUCGAUGUGAAGAAAGUCAAGGUCAAUCAAGAUCAGCGCCAAGGCUUCUGGGGACCCCAGUACGGCGGCUACGGUUACGGUGGCGGUAAAAUACCCUUUAAUUAUAACAAUUACACCAACAGAGCACCUUUUUAUUUCAACAACUAUUUGCCGCCGAUGUAUUAA